AUUUUAUCGUUCAUUGACUUUGAAUUUUCUGUUCUGCACAGGUUACCGAAAAAAUUAACGCAUAGAAAACCAUAGACUUUUCUCUUGAUUGUAGGAAAAAUUAUUUGUAUUUUAAGCAGGUCUUAACUUAUGCGAUGUAUACGCGUUGACCGCAUAACAUAUCGAAAGAUCGAAAUCAAACUUUCACGUAUAAUUGUUUGACACCUUGUUUCACGAUAAAUUUUUCUUACGUUUAAACUUCGUCUCGAAUCGUAAUAUGGAUCCCCGAAUACACAGAAGAACAGAACUGGAAAAGGGACCGGGUGAUUUGAUAGUUGAAUGGUUGAACGAGGCUUCCUUAAAUCCAACAGGAGAUGUAAAAGUCACAAAUCUAUGCAAAGUCCAAGAAAUAUUGGUAAACAAAGAACCACAAUUGCUUCCGUUAUAUUUGGAUGAAGUGUUACAGUUUUCGGUAGACAGAAAUGCAGACGUUAGAAAAACAGUUACAGGUUUCAUAGAAGAAGCUGGAGUAAAACAACCGGAAGUAAUACCACGUCUAGUUCAAGUACUUCUAAGAUUAGUUUCAGAUGAAUCUUCAGCUGUUGCCAAAAGAGCUCUUAGAGCUAGUGGUAGAAUACUGAGAGCCGCGCUCAAGUGGAUAUCCAGUGCCACUACGGUUACUCCAGAAAUGGAAGUAGCAUGGAGUCAACUUAGCGCUCUUAAGAUUCAAAUCAUAAAUAUGAUAGACAGCGAUAACGACGGAAUUAGGACGCAAGCUGUGAAAUUUCUCGAGGGUGUUGUUUUGAUACAAACAUAUCCAGAUCCAGAUUCGCCCAAAAAACCGGAUGAUUUUUCUUUAGAAGAUAUUCCAUUAACAUUAAAAAUAGCUCGUAGACGAAAAUUAGAAGAAGAAGCUAAUGAUGUAAUGGAUUUAUUAAUUAAAUUUCAUGGAUCUCCGCAUGUUAGCAGCGUAAAUUUGAUGACAUGCAUGGGAUCUCUGGCAUUGAUCGCUAAAACAAGGCCUCAAUUUAUGUCAGGUGUAAUACAAGCUUUGCAAAGGCUACAACACGAUUUACCGCCAACGUUAUCGGAUUCUCAAGUAACUAGCGUUCAGAAGCAAUUGAAAUUAACGUUAUUAGGACUUAUGAAACACCCAGCUAGUAUAGAAUUCGCCUCUAUCAUAGCUAAACAAUUGACACAACUUGGAGCCAAAGAACAAGAAAUAAUUAAGGCUUAUCCAAAGCCGGAAGAUAUUCGACGUAUGAAAAAACGUCAACAAGAAGCGGCUGCUGCUUCUGCUGCAAAACGCGUUAAAAUCGAAACUGCUUUAGUACCAGAUGAACCAGAAAUUCUACCUACUCCAGUACCACCCCCAAAAUUACCUGAACUAAUGGAACUUUCGGAAAACUUUAUCGCAGAAAGAUUGAGCGUAGAAAUUGCUACAGAUUUAGUAAUGGAUAGCAUGGCAUGGGUUCCGGAUACAAUGACGACCAUCUUUCAAAGAGAAUAUCAACCUACAUCAACGACUGAUAUUAAUAUUCAACGGCAAACGAUUGCUAAAUUAUUAGCUGCGCAAAUAAAACAAGCUAAAGCGAAAAAGAAAAAAGACGCUAAAGAUGAAGACGCUGUGAUGGAGGAUUUAGUGAAAAAUCCAACAAUUAGUGUGGCUGAAGCAAAACGUGAACGAAAACGUGAAAAAGACAGAGAGAAAGAAAAAGAGGCGAAGGCAUCCUUAGAGGCACACGAAAAAUCACUUGCAAAAGCGAGAAAUCGUUUGAAAGCUUUAAAAUUGUCCGAGGUUACGAAACCAUUGCCGAAAGAAGUAAAAGAGAAAAUGUUACUGAUGGCUGUUAAUAGAAUCUUAUUUUCCGAAAAGACAGCCGCGUUCAGCGGUGUAGCAGCUAUAAGGUCAAAAAUUUUAACGACUUUAGCUGCAACGUUCAAUCCUUAUAUUAAAGAAGCAGUAUUACGUUAUAUUACCGAUGACAUGAGAAAUCGUUUGGAUCUGGCGUUAGGCUGGUUAUACGAAGAAUAUGCGUUACUUCAAGGUUUCCAAAGACGAACGACACUGUGUACAAAACCUCAAGAAGCUCCACAUCAAGCUUACAACUUUCUAUUAUGUACCUUAGUAUCAGCGAUAGAUCUGGUUCAAGGCAAAGAUCGUGACGCGCUAUUAAAUAGAUUGUACUUGGAAGCCCCUUUGAUUACCGAAGACGCUGUCGAGGCUUUGAAAAUGGUCUCUUCUGAUGAGACAAGGGGCCUGGCACCAUUGCAACUAUUGAAAGACAUGGUUAUUCGCAGACCGACAAAACAAUUAGUUUUUUUGAACGUGUUAUUAUGUCAUACUGGUCACGAGAACACCACUAUAAGGGAGGCUGCUAUACAAUUAGUUUGUCAGUUAUAUAGUCGUCUCGAAUUAAGUAAACUCAUAGAAGAGUACGCGGUUCUUUAUUUAGGUUUCUUGCGGCUUCAUAGUCCACCCGAAAUAGUCUUUGGACAAGAUCGAGGUAGACCGCAAGUAGAAACCCAAUGGUCUGAGUCGACUACAAGAGCUUGCCUUGGGUUGUAUCUUGCUCUCUUGAGUGAGCACCAAGAUCUAAUUCACGAAUUGGCAAGAGUUUACACAUCGAUGAGCGCGGAUGUAAAACGUAUGGUUCUUAGACUAGUAGAAGGACCUGUUAGGUCUUUGGGAAUGGGCAGUCCACAACUACUAGCUCUGGUUGAAAAUUGCCCAAAAGGAGCAGAGACGCUAGUUACGAGAAUUAUUCAUAUUCUUACUGAAAAAUCCGCGCCGAGUGCAGAGUUAGUAGCAAGAGUACGAGAACUUUAUCAGACGAGAGUUUCCGAUGUUCGGUUCUUGAUACCAGUUUUGAACGGCUUAACGAAGAAAGAAGUUAUAGCCGCUCUGCCAAAACUUAUAAAACUAAAUCCUAUCGUUGUUAAAGAGGUGUUCAACAGGCUACUAGGUACUCAUAAUAACGAAAGUGGUUUACCUCACACAUCUCCUAUCACACCUGCCGAACUGUUAAUAGCCUUGCAUAAUAUAGACCCAAGUAAAGCAGAAUUAAAAACAAUUAUUAAAGCUACGUCUCUGUGUUUUGCGGAGAAACAAGUAUACACGCAAGAAACCGUAGCUGUUGUAAUGCAACAUCUAAUGGAAAUGACACCACUUCCUACAUUACUGAUGCGUACGGUGAUACAAAGUCUAGCUCUUUAUCCAAGGUUAAGCGGAUUUGUUAUGAACAUACUUCAACGAUUGAUCUUAAAGCAAGUUUGGAAGCAACCGAAAGUCUGGGAGGGUUUCGUAAAGUGUUGCGAGCGCACACAACCACAGAGUUUCGCGGUUAUUUUACAACUUCCUCCGGCACAGUUGGCUGAGGCGUUAAAGAUGGCUAACAAUUUACGAAACCCUUUGCUAGCGCACGUCGAAGCUUUUGCUGAAAAUCAGAAAGCGCACAUUCCGCAAUCGAUAAUGGAUGUUAUACAGGGUAAAUCACCUUGCGACAUGCAUGAUGAAUUUGAUAUUGCACCACCUGGUGAUUAUCCGAUCGAACAAAAACCAGAUACAAUGGAAACUGAUGUUUCAGAACCAGCCCCCCCUGGUUUAGAUUAGCAUAAACUCAUUCCAGUGUUGGGAUUUGAAUCAUCGUCUACAGAUUGCCCCAACU